AUGGCUCCACCGUCUUCAAAUUGGCGAAAAUUGUUAAGCGUCCAACCAAGUGAUAUCGACGUUGAAAAUCUUGCGGAUGAAGAGCGAAACGACGAUCUUGGAGUUAACUUUAUGAACUUGGAUUUAAGUGAAAUUGAAAGCGAAAAGGACUUACGACAUGCAUUGCAACUGGGCCAACAAUUUACAAAAUUUUUUCGAGCACUGAAGGAGGAGUAUUGGGGAAAAUUGGUCACUGUGGCAGAAGAGAAUGAAACAUUGAAGAAAACAACGUUUACCAAUGCAAAAGAUACGAAUUCUUAUCUAACCAAUGAAAUCGCUCGUCUCCAAGCAGAAAAAGAAAAUUAUCGCGUAUCGUAUGAAAAUGAAUUAGGUGAAGCCGGGCAGGUGCGAGAUGAGUUGAAGAAAUGUGAAGCUAAAGUUCGAGAAUUACAAAACGAGAAAGAUGCAUUGAAAAAACUAUCAGAAGAUUUAAGCAAACGAAUAUCGGAAUUACGUGAUACAAAUCGAAUCAGGGAGGAUGAUGGAGAACGUACAUCACGCGUGCGUGCGAUGGAAAAAGAACUUAACAAUGUGUUAGAUGAAAACAAUCAAUUGUUCGAUAAUCAACAAAAACUACAAGCCAAAACCGCUGCCUUACAACGUGAACUUGCAGAUGCGACAUAUCAUAUCAAUGAAUUAUCCAAUGAACUUUCCAAAGUGAAGGGACUUCUCAAUGAAAAAGAUCAAGAAAAUCUUGAAAUGAGGAAUAAUUUGAAUUUGAUGAAAGAUCAAAUGCCUUUGAAUUCUUCGGAAGGUGAUGAUGCUAUCAUGCGACUUGUCGAAGACAGAGUUAAACAAUGGAAAGAUGUUUUCAGAGCAAAAGACGACGAAAUAGACGAUCUCAAACGAAAAAUCAUCGAUUUACAUGAUCAAUUACAAAUGCAUCAGUUAGAUGGUCAAAAAACCGAUAUCGCUACAUUAAACAAAGCAUUAGCAGAAAAGGAUCAACAAAUCUUGUUGUUGAAGAAAAAAGUCGAAGAAGCAACAAGUGAUUUAAUCAAACAAACUGAUGCACUCGAUCGAAUGCGAACUGACUAUACAACACCGGUCGAUCCAACGUCUACCGCCAAUCGUUCGAAUACGUACGAAAUCAAUCGUUUGCGAAAACAAUUAAAUGAAUAUGAAAAAGAAUUGAGCGAACGCGAUGUUCGACUACAUGAACUUGAUAAACAACUACAAGGAUUUUUGGAUAAAAAUUACGAAUUACGAGAUGCUGUACAAGAGAUUCGGCACUUGAAAGAACAAAAUAAAUUAAAAGAUCGACAAUUGGAAGAUCUAGCCCAAUUCGCAUCACGAAAUGAAUUGACUGUUAAUGAAGUGACAGAUGAAAAUGAAGAACUACGAGCGAAGUUGGGUAUGGAUCCAAGAACACCAAUGUCUGUAGAACAAUUGAAAUCAGCAAGAAUGACACGUACAGAAGCAAAUCAAGCUGUUGUACAAGUUUUACAAAAAGAAAUUGAACGUUUGGAAGAAGAACGAUUGAAAUUAAAACAAAACUGUCGUCAAUUAGCUCGUCAAGCUGGUAUACGAGCAGCGGACAUGGGUUUAGCGGGUGAUUCUGUAUGGAUCGACGAUAGCGGGAUUACUCGGCCAACAGGUCCGAGUGCAGAUGAUGCUAUUCGUAUUGCACGAAAUGAUUACGAUCAGCAGAUUAAAGCCUUCGAUAACAACAUCGAUCAACUUCGACGAGAACUUAUUGAAAAAACGAAUGAAAACCGUGCUUUAAUUACGGAAAUUCAUGGUCUCGAACAAGGAUUGAAAGAAAUCGAUCAACAGUUGAAACAAAAACGUUUUCAGAAAUCAUCGUCGGGUGACCCAUCAUCGACAUACGUUAUACAGUGUCCAGCAUUGGAAAAAAUGCUUCAAGUUCUGGAAAGUCAAUCGCUCGCUGGCCGAUAUGACAAUGCAGUUGUUCCUAAGAGCGAAAACGAUAAAUUACUCGGUCGAAUUGCAGAAUUACGUGAUGAACUAUACAAUGCUCGUCAUGAAAAAACGAAGUCAGAUGUGAAUCUAAAACUGGCGACUGAACGAAAUGAAAAACUUCAACGUGAUUUACAAUUAUUCGAAGAAGCCGGUGCUGUCCCAUUGGCAUUUCAAUCAUUGAAGCUACCUGAUGGUUUAUCACCUUCAAGUCGCGAUAUUAUCUCAUCUUUGAACGAAUAUCUCGUUGAUGCUCUAGCUGAAGUUACUGCACAACGUGAAAUGAAUAAACAAUUAGAAGAAGGACUGGAUAAAUAUCGACGAAAAUUGAAUGUGAUUAAGCAUCAAACAGGUUUACUUUAUAAAGAUUUCCAUGAGAAACAGCAGCAGUGGAGAUCGGAACGUGAACAAACGAAUGAAGCCAAACGAGAUUUACAAACUGAAAUCGAGAAAAAUCUUGUUAAACUUCAAGAAUUCGAUCGUCUUCUCAAUACAUUAGAGCAAGAUGAUGCCGAAGUUCGUCGUCGCAUUGCUGAAAUCACUAGAAAAAUCACCGUUUUACGUGUGAAUGAAAAAACUUUAGCCAGAAAAAUCCUCUCCUACCAAGAUAUUGAAUCUCAUCUACGAAAAGAUAACACGAAAUUACGUACAGAAGUUGUUGAUAUGGAGGCGGCAGUUCAGACGCGCUUGAGUUAUUUACAACGCUUCAAAGAUACAGCUGCGUAUCGUAUCAAGCAUUUACAGAAACAAGUGGAAGAAAGUGUGCAUCAAAGUGAAUUGGAUAAACUGAAUAGAAAAUACGAAGAUGUCGUAGAAAAAUAUCGAGAUUUAUUGGAACAACAACACGUUUAUGUCCAACAAACAGAACAAACAUCCGUCAUAUCGGAAGAAAAUCGACGCAUGACGGACGAACUGGAGUUUCUCCGAAGACAGUUACAAAUCGAUAAAGAAAAAAUGCAUCUAUUGGAAGAAACUAUGGAAAAUCUGAAGAAUCAGGGUUUGAUUAGUGCUGGCUACGCCACAACAACAGGCCGAACGAGUACUGGUGGAUUACUCGAUGAUAGUCCGGGAAGUCUCUCGCGAAAGAUAACUGUACUCGAAAUGAAAGAACUGAAUGAACGACAACGAGCAGAAUAUGCACAAAAACUGUAUGACCAACAACGUGUGACACUUCGACAAAUGGAAGAUCGAAAUCUUGAACUGGAGAAGAAGUUUAGUGAAUUGACUCGAAUGAAUCUCGAAAUGCAACGAACUGAACGGGAAUUACGCGAAGAUCUGGCUCAUAGCGUUCCGCGAACUGUAUCAGAUGCAGACAAACGUCGAAUAUCCGAAUUGGAAAGUAUAGAAAUCCAAUCGAAACAAGAAAUCGGUCGUUUACGUGAAAUCGCUGAAGUUGCCACGUAUCAAAUCGGAGCUAUCAACGAUAUCAAAGUGCUAGAUGAAAAAGAAUUUCAAUCUUUACGUCUUCAACUACUUGAUCUACAAUCGAAGUCGGACGAUAAAACUGAAAUCGGUAAACUUCAUCGACACAUUCUUGCGUUACAAAUCAGCGAAGCAACAGCUAAACGUAAACAAUUACAAGCCGACAACGACUUAGCCAAGCAAAGGGCUUUACUUCUCCGAACAGAACAGAAGUUAGACGAAAAAGAGCAAAGUCUCUUCUUCAUCCGACAAGAAUACACUCAACGUAUUCGAUAUCUACGCACUGCUUUACAAGAUUAUCGUCAUAAAUAUGCAGGUGCACUUCCAUUACGUGUGCAAGAAUCAUAUGCGAAGACGAUGAUUGAUUUGCGUAAUGGUAAAAAACAAUUGGAUUUAGAUAUGAAGAGAUUAGCUGAUCAGAAAUUCGAUUUGGAAACGCAAAUUGCUUCGUAUGACUUUAAACAUAAAUCAUUAGAAGAAUUGAUCGCAACAUUAAAAGAUGGACAGAGCAAUUCACGUGUACAGAAAAUGAUCGAAUGGCAACAGAAAUUAGAAAAAGUGAAAUUGAAUGAAUUGAGACACAUUCGAUUGAACAAACGUCUGGAGACUGACAAUUUGCAUUUGAACAAAUUGGUUCAACAAUUAGAGAUCAAUGUUACUGAACUGGAAGAACAAAAUGUGAAAUUUGAAAAAGAAAUUGAAGAACGACAAUUGAUAUGGGAACAUCGAGAAUUAGAAAUGGAACGAAAAAUCGAUCAACUCGAAAAACAACAAAAUGAUAUUGCUAGUGCUGCUAAACGCUUCGAAGAAGCAAUUGGUAAUUAUCCUGAUCCAUCACUACCUGUUGCUCAUCAACUAGAACAAGCAUUGACUAUCAUUCGAGAUAAUAUUCACUUGUUAAUGGAAGCGAAAAUACAACAUCAACUUGUAGAAAAGAAAACUACUGAGCAUAACGAUAAGGUUCGUGAAAUGGAAAAUGCGUUAUUGGCUCGUGACAAAGUCAUUCACGAACUUCGUCUUCGUUUACCAACAACAACAAUUCUAGACUCUGAUAAACUUAUUUCGGAUGUGAUGACACGACCAGACGAUUAUUCGCGUUUAUCAACUGUUCGUGCUGCUCAAUCAACCAUCGAUAGUCUUCAAGCUCGUAUCAUUCAAAAAGAGGAUAGUAUUCGUAAAUAUCAAGAAAUGCUUAAAGAAGCUCGUGAAGAUUUGAAUAAACAAGUCCAACAACAUGAGGAAGAAAUCCAAGUGUUAAAUGAACAGUUACAAAACAAACGCGACUUAGAUUUCAUGCGUUUCAAGGAUUUUGUCGAACGAGGUGGUAAUCCCGCAUUAUUCCACGGUCCACCUUCAACUGUCGAGUUGGCACGUAUACGUGAACUUGAAGAAAAUGUUGCCGUACAAGACAAUACUAUUGCGCAUCUGAACGAAAAACUACGUGAAGCGCGUCGCGAAGCUGAAACAUGGAAAGGACGUUUGACUCAAAAAAUGGAGCAAUUCAAACAUGAUCGCGAAAAUAUGAAGACAAGCUAUGAAAAGAUCGUUAAUGAAUUAAACCGAGAAAUCGGAAGUCAACGUUCACAAAUCCAAGAUCAACACAAUCGAAUUGGUCAAUCAAUGCUCGAUCUCGAAAAUGCACAAAGAUCUUCACCAGCCAAAGGCUCGCGAAAUCUCUCCACAAGCAGUGGAACGAAUCUGCGUGAAAAAUUAGCAAUAGAAGAAGAAAAAAAUCAAAAAUUAGUCCGUGCUCUAGCAGAGAUUCGUGCCGACAUGGUCAAUAUCGCCGAAGGAAAUCUAAAAGCGAUGAGCGAAGAAGACAAACAAAAUCUUUCCGUACAAGCGCUCAUCUCAAACAAAACUGGACAAUUACAAGAACGGAUCGAUGACUACGAAGGGCAAAUACAAAAUUUGAAACGAGAGCUGAAAACACAAAAGGCUUUAGCACAGCAAUAUUUAGACGAAGCAAACGAUGCUCGAGAACGAUUAGGUCAAAAUGAGAAGAAAGUGUCGAAACUUCAACAGCAAAAUGCAACAUUAUCGGAUACGGCUCAACGCCGAUUAACUGGCCCACAACAGCAAGGCCAGGGAGACGAAACAAUCGAAUCAUUAAGACGUCAAGUUCGUUUACUCGAAGACAAACUUCGAAAAACGAAAACCGCUGAACGACCUCUCGACGAUACUCGCGAUGAAAGAACACGACGUACAAUCGAAUCAUUUCAACAACAAAUCACCGAUUUGGAUACACACAAACGAGAAUUAAUCAAAUUCAAUCAACAAUUGAAAGAUGAAUUGAACAAAUCCCGAUUACGUAAUGAAGAAUUGCAAAAGGUCAACCAAUUUUUGAAAGCUGAGAAUGAAAGUUUAAGAAAUGGUGAUAGUCCUCGAUCAACAUCGAGUGGCAAUAUGCGACGAAUUGGAGAAUCUGGUCGAUCAACAUUACAACUAGAAAAAACAAUUGCAUUGAUGAAGAAACAUAUUGAUGCUCUUCAAUUAGAAAAUCAAUCCUUGAAAUCCGAUCUCGAUCGACAAAGAGCGACAAACGAUUCCAACCGAGCAUUCUUCACUCAAGCAACUGAAUCAACUAAAGAAAUCGAGAACAUGGGCUUUAUCAACUCUCGCCUCCAAAAAGAAAUUGGCCUUCUCCGUGAACAAGUGGCUCAAUUACAAAUGAAAGCCUUACCUACAUCACCCAGCAAUGGUUAUCAUUAA